AUGUCCAAUUUUCACCGCAAAUAUGGCUUCCAAGUCAGUCCGUCGGGUCAGGCACCGAUAGGAAAGUCAGUGACGAUUGACUGUCAUAUAGAGGCAUUUCCGCCGCCGAUUAGCUAUUGGCUGAACGAUAGCACUGUUAUAUUUGACACAAAUAAUAGAUACGAUAUUAGUAUUAAAUCAAAGGGCUAUAAAAGGCACUUAAAACUAACCAUUCGUGAACUACAAGACAAAGAUUUAAAAGACUAUCAGUGUUUUGCGAAGAAUGCAUUGGGAGAACAAAGGGCUACAAUUAAACUAUACGUAAAAUAA